AUGGAGAUAUGCCGACCACCCGCUCAGUUCUUCACCGGAACGAGCCAUAUCUCCCGCCUUAUUCGAACAUUUCCUGCCGCCAUAGCUUCUCUUUCACCUUCGCCGACAGUUAAUUCGAUCAAGAUUCGGAUGUUCAUGCUGGGAAUGGGAUACGUGGGGCAAUUCUUCGGCCAGCAGCUAAAAAACGAAGGCUGGAGACUUGCACGAGCUCGAGGAAAAAAAAGGAGCUCGAGGAGAAGGGGUUUGAUGCUUUUAUCUUUGAUGCCAAUGAGCAUGAGUGACUGUACCCACCUUCUUGUUUCCAUCCCUCCAAUUCCCGGUGUCGGGGAUCCGUUGUUGAAGCAUGAAGAGCUUCUAAGAUGUGCUUUGGUGGAUGGAAGUCUUCAAUGGCUCUGUUACUUGUCUUUGACUAGAGUUUAUGGUGAUUGCUCAGGUGCUUGGGUUGAUGAGGACUACCCAGCAAGCCCUUCAAUCGAGCCAUCAAAAUCAAGGUUACUCGCUGAGAAUGAAUGGUUAAGGUUCGGCCAUUCACUAGGGUUAUCAACGCAAGUGCUUCGACUUGGGGGCAUCUAUGGCCCUUGCAGAAGUGCCAUUGACACACUAAUCAAGCGGCAACCCUUGACUUCACACCAGAAAAUGAGAUCGUCGAAGUAG